AGGCUGUGUAAAAUGUCAAUACGAACAUUCCUUCAAACAAUAUAUCGAGCAAGUUUUGCAGACGGCCCAAACUUUUGACGGAAUCCCUCCCCCUCUACCCUGGACCUGUACACCAAAUUCCAUUGCCCCGCAUCGGCGCAAUUAGCAGCUUGAACUUGAAGAUUCAUUUCUAUGGCGCCCGUCUCCUCUCUUGUUUGACCUGCUGAAACGAUGAAGCUCGCUGCUGUCUCUUUCUCUCAAUCUGGAGCAUCCCGAGGUUUUCUUCACGGAGGUCCCUCUUUCAAUCGUUUGCCGCGCGUCGCUUCAUUAUCAGCUCCCCGAGUUGAUGCGUUCCGCUCAACUUCUCUUUUGGUCUGUGGGUUUUGCAGGACGCUUCAUCAACGAAACUCUUCAAUCAAUACUACGAUGUCAACGAUGAGCAAAACCUCCAUUUCUAGAAUCUGCUGUAGACACCCUGGACUGAAUGCGAGACUCUCCUCAAAACGAAAGCAUGGGAGUGGUUCAAGAACUUUUUCAACAUGCACCUCAUCGUCGAGCUCCACAACGAACCCUCUGGUCACCCGUUUCCCCUCAGCUUUGAUUUUGGCCUCCCAGGUCACCCCAUCUGAUGCACCUCAGCGUUCAGAAGAAUGGUUUGCACUACGGAGAGACAGGUUGACUACAAGCACCUUCAGCACAGCCUUAGGCUUCUGGAAAGGAAACCGUCGCUUCGAGCUAUGGCAUGAGAAAGUGUUUCCUUAUGAGAUUCAAAAAACGGAAGCAUCGCAACGGUGUGCCAUGGAGUGGGGUGUGCUCAAUGAAGCAACUGCAAUUGAUCGGUACAAAAGCAUCACAGGCCGAGACGUAAGCUUGUUAGGGUUUGCAACUCACUCAGAACAGCAAUUCGAUUGGCUCGGCGCCUCCCCCGAUGGCCUAUUGGGAUGCUUUCAAGGAGGAGGGAUCCUGGAAGUAAAAUGUCCAUACAACAAGGGAAGGCCAGAGAAGGGACUACCCUGGUCAACAAUGCCAUUCUACUACAUGCCACAGGUUCAGGGUCAAAUGGAGAUAAUGGACAGAGAGUGGGUGGAUCUAUAUUGCUGGACACCAAAUGGAAGCACAAUAUUUCGUGUGUGUCGGGAGCGGGGUUAUUGGGAACUGAUGCGUGAAAUGUUAAGGGAAUUUUGGUGGGAAAACGUCGUUCCUGCGAGAGAGGCUCUAUCUUUGGGAAGAGAGGAAGAGGUAAAGUCAUAUAAGCCAACAUCCACGCAUAAGCAGACUGGACUAGCAAUAGCCAAGAGCAUCAAAUUAGCAAGCGAGGCCAAGUUGAUGUUUAGGGAGAUAGCUGGACAUGUUGAAUUUUACCGAUGAUUUUUGGCUUCGGCGUAUUGUAUUUGACCCCUCUCAUUUUGUCUGGGAAUCCAUUUUCCCCACAUAUUUGUUCCAUGAUUUACUGAUUGAUGAUAUUUAAUACACAGCCUUUGAUUUGGCGUCUG